AUGAAAUCCAUCUACACAGUUAGAUCGAGCAUGCUACUGCUGCUCGUGCUGACUAUGUGGAUAGCAGCUGUAGUAUGUCAAUCACCUUCCAACCCAGCGUUCUGGGAACUCCCAAGACGAUACAACGUUUCCGCACCAGCAGAAGAUCGUAACAGCCACGAACGUGUCGCCGUCUCCCAAGAUUUCCAAACGAUUUAUGCGGGCAGCGAUCUGCAUCAGCCAACACGACGUAUCUUGUUCUAUUACUCGACUUGUUGCAACUCGACGAAUACGACGUUUGAACAACUUCAGCGGCUCAACGGCAACAAUUUGCGUUUUCCUUCUAUUCAAAACCGUGCUGUGAUGGCUCUUGUCGACCGAGGGAAUUGUAGCUGGUCCGAGAAACUCUCAAUGGCUGCUCAUUUAUCAGCAACCAACGGCAUCAACUUGACAGCUCUUAUGGUCACCGAUAAUCAAUCGUAUCCAGGCGCAGAUUAUCAAUUACAUACACCACAAACGGUCAAUCAAGCAGUCCAGUAUUCAACACCACUUCCAAAUGAACGCAACAUUUCAUUCAUGGAGGAUAAUGAUUUACGAGAUGGGUCGUCAUUGAUAUCGUUCCCCGUCUAUUUCGGUCCUUUCAAGUAUGGUGAUGAUAUGCAAGAAUCUAUCAUCAAUGUCAACAACAACAACAUGAAUGACUCGAUUCGCGUGUUUUGGGAUGUUGCAGCGUAUCUCGCUCCCUUAACGGUACAAGAACGCAAUGGCCCAAUAUUCACUCGUGGAUACCUAUCCUACAUUAUCGCACUGGCUGCGGUGUUUCUUGUUGCCUUGUUUGCAGGUGUCAUCUUUUUACGUUGGUGGCGUGUACGACAAUUACGAGAACAAAUGGAUUAUGAGACACAGCUCAAUGCCCAUGCCUAUAAUAUGCAAAUGCGAAUGCAAGCCAAGCCCUUACCUGUUGACGUGGUGAAUGCAUUACCCAUAACGCGAUAUACACCGGGCCAAAUCAAGAAUGGGAGCUGUGCAAUUUGCUUGGAUGACUUUGAGGAAGGAGAAUCCGAUAUCCGUAUCUUGGGGUGUGGUCAUGGAUUUUGUGUAUUAUGCAUUGACCCAUGGCUCACACAAAAAUCUACCUUGUGUCCGAUUUGUAAAUACGAUUGUAUGCCACCCGAUCGAGCGGCCAAUGAUGGUAACCAUGCUGAACCUGGAGAAUCAUCACAUCAUGCUGCUGUUGCUGCUACUGCUGGGACCGAGACUAAUAAUUUGCUUCGCGGCGAGAAUCAUGAUUCGUCUGUGGAAUUACAACAAAUCGUUACUCAUCCAACAGAACAACAACCACCUCCGCAACAGCAUCCGGAAGAGCAAUCACCAUCAGCCGAUAGCAACAACAAUGCAUUGACAACUCAAUCAUCAACCAAUCAUUGUGAGAAUGAUGAUGAGUCAUCGAUUCAUAAAGACACUCCAACAGAAAACAACAACAACAACAACAACAAUCAUAAUCGCCACUCAUGA